GCUGGGCAGAACGACGUCGUUUUUGACUGGGAUCGUGAAUAAAGCUUGAAUUUUUUUCUUUUUUGCGCUUGUGUUGCUGUGUUCAUGGUGGGUUCUCGAAUCAGCUCCCGAAAGAAAACAUUUUGGGGAUGGUUCUUCAUCGCAAUCGGCGCCAUUUGCCUGCCCAUGUUCGUCUUUGCUGCUGUUGUGUCGAAGCUUCUUCCGCCGUCAGAUAACCCCGUCAUAGCCGCCGUCCAGAACGACAGGUAAUUUUGAUGGGCAAUGACUGCUUAAAGUUGCCUUCUUUGAUGUACUAUUAGGAGUUUGGAAAGGCAAAACUCUUACUAUGGCCUUAUACCAUAUAGGAAGGGAUGGAAGAGCAAUUUGGGUUCUUAAGGAAUGUUUACGCCAUGAUUCUUUGAGGAUUCUGCUUAAAUUAAUUUACUCAGACAUUUAAAUUUUGGAUAAGAGGGAGAUAUAUCAGGUCCAGUGUUUAUGCUACGAAACAAAUGUUCAGUGAAAACUACACUUUUGAGGUUGUGGGAAGUCUUUAGUAUUUGGGACAUUUUUCUGAAAAUGUGCAUUCACCAGGAAGCAAAGAACCAGUUUACACUUGCUUGAAAGAUGGAUACACUUCAUAAUUUAUUAAUCAACUCGGUACGGUCAUUCUUUGAGCGAAAUGGAAGCAAUCAAUUGAGAUUAAUAUAUAUAUAUAUAUAUAUAUAUAUAGAUAUUGAAGCAAUUAAGGGGUUGCUUGGUGGAGAUUGGAUUCAAGCAGUAUCCAACUCUCAUUCUUUAGGCCCUAACAAUGUUGCAUAGGCAUUGUGUAUGUAUGGCAAGCUUAUUGCUUAGAUCUUCUGCUCAUGGUAGGCAUAGCUGUUCGCUUUCUUGAUCUGGGUGAUGGUGAUAAUGACUAAUGACACUAUGACAGUUAAGGUGGUAUUCAUGUUGCAUGGCUGAAUGGUUCUAAAGUUGACCACUUUUCCCUUUUUAAUUCAAGCUAGAUACUUUCUGUAGCUCUCUUACCUGUCUUGAGCAAUCAGCAGCUGCAACUUGCCACUUAUAACAUUCAUAAAGUUUCUUAUUUCAA